AUGGUGUUAUUUGCAUGCUCGGGCAUACCUGUAAAACGUAAGGGGCUUGUUACAAGGUUUCUAACCUCAGCAAGUUUGGUUAGAGUUUUUAAUGAUAGUAAAAAACACCAUGAUAACUUGAAGGUUGAAGUGUGCCAUGAAGACAAUGUUGUAAUAGGUUUUUUGGGAGAGUAUCAUUUAGGUUGUGGCAUUGCUUCUGUCCACGUCAUGGCCUUACCUGAUGUUGAUAUCCUGUUUCUUCGCAAUGUGCAAUGUCUUCCACAUCGUAAGGUAGUAUCUGCAGGGCGUGACAUCUCUGGUAAAUUAAUGACCACGAGUGGGAUACUGACUGGCGAUUCAAACGGAUCUGCAUAUCCUAACGAAAAGCUUAUGUCAUCAACGUGUAAAAUCCCUGAGGCUUCGGAAGGUGGUCCGCUUUUUGAUUUUGAUGGGAACUUUCUUGGCAUCAACCUUCUUUUGGCAACGGAAGGGACCUUCUUCUUGCCAGCGCAUAGAGUUCUUGAUCGGCUGGUGGGUUUAACACCCCUUGAUGUGUUUGUUAGAUUUCCUGCACUGUUAAAAAGAUCGAAGCCAAGCAGCAUAUGA